AGCUUCCGCUUCCGGUUCUGACGGGCACUUCGGCCGUAACGAUGAUCGGAGACAUCCUGCUGUUCGGGACGCUGCUGAUGAAUGCUGGGGCGGUGCUCAACUUUAAGCUGAAAAAGAAGGACACGCAGGGCUUUGGGGAGGAGUCUCGGGAACCCAGCACAGGUGACAACAUCCGGGAAUUCUUACUGAGCCUCAGAUACUUCCGAAUCUUCAUUGCCCUGUGGAAUGUCUUUAUGAUGUUCUGCAUGAUUGUGCUAUUUGGCUCUUGAGCCCCAGAUGUGGAAACAAGACCUCAUCUUCCCAGAUGCCGAGUCUCCACCCCUCCAUUCCUGAUGACUUCCAAGAAUGUUUUUGACCAGAAAAACCGCCGCUCUUCCCAGAAAGCCCAGGCUCGUGGUGGGUGGAAAAAUGUUCACCAGGAUGUACGUGGUUUCCCAGCCUUGUCACUGUUGUCAGAGACACUUUCCUUGUGGUGUCUGAAUUAGCAUGCUAUCUGUCUUUUGAAGUGGUUUCAGGAGGGUGUGUGUCAGGGGCUGUUAUAAGAUUGCAUUCCCCAUAGAUAAAAGAACAUGGCAAGAUGUUUCAGUGUAUUAGAAUCCCUCCUUCUACAAGAAACCUGUUUAUGGAUCUUUUUGAUGUAUUUUUAAUAACCAUCCUUUUACUUAGAACCAUAAAGAUGUGUAAGCAUCAUUUUUACCCAGGAUUCUGAGCAGGAGGGUAGGUUUUUCAGCUUAACACAGGCUCCGCGCUUGGACAGUGUUUAUGAGGAUACACAGUGCUGCUUGCUGAGUCUGAUAGCAUCUAGGCCAGUCCAAGGCCUGCAUUCCAAUUCCAUCCCCAUCCCAGCGGGGUCUGCUUGGCUACUCAGUGCAACUGAAGUUGUCCUUAAGACCUUCAGGAGUGGGUAACCCAUAGUAGGGACACUGACCUUCCUGUUUAGACUCUAAACUCUUGGCUAAAGGGAUGUAAUAGGUCCAGGGGAAAUAUUGCCAAUUUCCACAGAAGAGGCAUAUGGACAGGUGGUGGGACAGACCAGGUAGUAGGAGAAAUUUCACUUUGUCUUGAAAUCUUUUGUUAAAUAAAAUGACUCUGGGGCCUUGAAUUGUAAAGUUACAAGAAUGAGAGUGAUUUUAUUAUGUGGUGAUAUUGGGACCGUGCUCGGAAAGCUUGGGUUUCUGAGUCAAGGCUGAAACACAGUGAGUCUCAAUCUAGGACAUACAGUAUUGUUCCAGAAGCUUCUUUGAACGGGAGUCCUGGUUUCAUUGCCAAAAUGAAACCCUUUGGGGUCAGCGCCCAAACCUCACAGGUGUAGGAUUUGUUUGUUGUGUUUUUUGAAAUCCUAACUUGGAGGUAAACCUGGAGGGACGAAAAAGUAAAUAUGUGGGCUUUUAGGACUGAGUAGCCUUGAAAAUAAAGCUUAUUUUGAAAAGGA